AUGUCGGAGUCAGAGUGGGUGACCCCCUCUCCUUCCCCUUCCUCUUCCCCUUUUCCCCAGUGCGACUACAGCGAGUGGAGCCCUACCUUGGUGAUCAUCCCAGCCGUGUACCUGUUGGCUUUCGCCGUCGGCUCCUUCGGGAACGGGCUGGUGCUCUGGGUGUACCUGGUCCGGCCCGGGAGGAGCUGGGGGAGAAUAAGGAGCUGCUCCGAGCCGGAGCGGGAGAACCGGGCUGGGGUGCGCCCCGCCUCCUUCUCUCGUUCCAUCACGGACUCCCUGAUCGUCAGCUUGGCGGCGGCCGACCUGGCGUUCGUUCUGACCCUGCCCCUGUGGGCGGUGUACACAGCCCUGGAUUACCACUGGCCCUUCGGCCACGUGCUCUGUAAGCUGAGCAGUUACCUGGUGGCGCUGAACAUGUACGCCAGUGUUUUUUCCCUCACCGGGCUCAGCGCGGAGCGGUACUGGGUCAUCGUCCGACGGAAGCAGGCUACCAGGACGCAGGGUCAAGGGGCGCUACGAGCGGGGUGGAUCGUCGGAGGCAUGUGGGCUCUGGCGGGCAUCCUGGCACUGCCCGCUCUGUUGCUGAGGACCGUGAGGGAGCCGAAUCCAGUGGAGGAGUCAAACUCUGAUUGGCCAGAGGAGGACAAAGUCAACGAUCCCUAUCAUCCCACCUGUAUCUGUGUGAUGGACUACUCAAGCCUGAUCCCAGAUGACCUGGAUCCUGAAGACAGAGAGCAUGCGGAGCUAGUCUGGGAAGCCGCUCUAGGUCUAAAAUCCACUCUGCUGGGCUUUCUCCUGCCGUUAGCUGUACUGCUACUCUGCUACUGCUCCCUGGGCCGCCUACUGGCUCAACACUUCAGGCAAGGCCCAAAGCCGGACCACCCCCGCCAGCGGAGGCUCUUACGGGUCAUCAUCACGCUGGUCCUGGCUUUCUUCCUCUGCUGGUUGCCUUUCCACACCAACAAAACCAUCUCCGCGUUAAUUGACCUGGAGCUGCUCCCCUUCUCCUGUUCCUCUGACAGGCUGCUGGUGGCCGCGCACCCUUACGCCACCUGCCUGGGCUACAUCAACAGCUGCUUGAACCCGCUGCUGUACGCCUGCUGCGACGUGGCCUUUCGCAGACGCUGCAGGACGCUGUUACGGCAGCUCUGGUGCGGCGGCCGACAGGGAAGCGGAGAGGAAGAGAGGGAGCGAGGCAGCUGGAGCUCAUCCGUUCCGUCCGGCACGCGGGAAGUGAGCAGUCACAGGGAGGACAGACAUAGAGAGAGACCUACGGACAGACGCGACGACCAGGACGAGCACAGCUAA